UACACCAUCUCCAGUCGUUGAUGCGCAGCCACACUGGCUAGUUUUAUGUUUUGCUAUGCAUGUGGUAAUAAGACUUAACUGUUGUAAAGUGCCAAAAUACAGCGGGGAGCGACUAUUCAAAUUAGAGUUCAGAGGUGUUGAGCAACAUUCGGAAAUAAUUGAUUCUACUUUAGUCAAUCAGAAAUUCCAGUGGCCAUUACAAAAAUGUUUGGAAAGUGGCGACUUAUUGAUCGUCCAGCUUUUGGGGCACCAGAGACAUCAAAGCGACAAGACACUUGGCUAUUAUACGUUAUCAAUGGAUAGGGUUGUAACAGAACGACGAGUUCAUUUUAUAGAUUCUUUUUCGGACAUAAACGAUCGUUCACUGCCAAUAACUAUCGAUUUGGAUGUAGAAUAUGUCAAUGACAAUGAGGAAUACACAGACAGAAUAUCACUGAUGAGUUCUAGACCUGAAUCACCUUUGAACUCAAUGGACGAACGACAAAUGUUACUAGAUGUUGAACAAAAUAUUGCAAACUUGGAAAAAACAUUUACUAACAACAAAUAUAUGUGUAGUGAUAAUAUCGACAAUGGUAGUAUCGGGAAAACACACAAAAAAGGAUUUUUUCGGUAUAGUUCAUUUCAUUCUGUAAAAGAAUCAUCUCUCGUGACAGAACGAAAAAGUAGUAGAAGUAUGAUGUUUAAGAAAGGUGUGAAAAAUUUGAUGCGAAUAGGCAAGCAAAGAACGUCACAAGAUAAAGAGAUUUUAGUCGAUAGUGAUGAAAGUACUAACGCAAUCAUUGCAACCAAUUUCCAACGUGGUCACACAACAGAUACUAGUGACUUGUCUUCUGAUAAUGAGUCUCAUCAAUCAAUCCAAUCCGAUUCGCCGAAACCAAGAAAACCACUAAAGCAUAAAGACAAUUUAAAUACAAUUCAAAAUGGACUUAAAUCCCAAGACUUCCAAGUAUGCAUCACAGUUAUAGAAGCUCGACAAUUGGCCGGGUUAAAUAUGGACCCUGUUGUCUGCGUACAAGUAGGAGAAGUAAAAAAAUAUACAAGUGUUAAAGAAAGCACUAAUUGUCCUUAUUAUAACGAAUAUUUUGUUUUUGAUUUUCAUAUGCCAACUGUAAUAUUGUUCGAUAAAAUUAUUACACUAUCGGUUUUGCAUUCUAAAAAAAUUCUAAGGUCAGGUACGGUGGUUGGAUCGUUCAAGAUCGACUUGUGCACCGUCUAUAAUACACACGAACACCAAUUUUAUCAUAAAUGGGCAUUGUUGACUGAUCCUGAUGACGUGGCUGGAGGACCCAAGGGAUACUUAAAAUGCGACAUUAGCGUAAUAGGGAAAGGCGACACUAUAAAAAUUCCCCCGAAAACUGAAAAGGACGAAGAUGAUAUCGAGGCAAACUUGUUACUUCCUGAUGGUAUGCCAGUAGAUCGACAAAGAGCCAAGUACAUGGUACGUAUUUACAGAGCAGAUGGCUUGCCAAAAAUGAAUAGUACUUUAGUUGCUAACGUAAAAAAAGCGUUCACUGGUGAAACUCGAGAUCUUGUCGAUUCUUUUGUUCAAGUAUCGUUUGCUGGUCUCACUGGGAAAACUAGUGUACGGAAACAUAGUUACUCACCAGUGUGGAACGAACAAAUUGUGUUUUCUGAAAUGUUUCCUCCGCUUUGUCAAAGAAUUAAAAUUCAAUUAAGGGACAAUGAUCCUGUAAAUACCAUUAUUGGCACGCAUUUUGUUGAUCUCAAAACAAUAUCGAAUGAUGGUGAAAAAGGUUUCCCACCAACUUUCGGACCAACAUUUAUUCACCUGUAUGGAUCAACUCGAGAUUACAGCAUUUUGGAUAAGCAUGCAACACUUAACACUGGAUUGGGCGAGGGAGUAUCCUAUAGAGCGAGAUUAUUAGUUGCCAUUCGGACUGAAAUAACCGAAAAUAGUGAAAUUAUGAACUCUGGAGUAGAUAUUGAACCAACUUAUCCAAUUACAGAGACGUCCUAUUGUAAAAAUGAAGAUUUUUUUUUAUUUAUGGUUAUUUUGGACGCUUCAAUGAUAGACAAAAAAUUAGGAGAGAAGUCUAUAUUUUUUGAAUUAAGUAUAGGGAAUGCUGGAAAUAUGAUUGAUGGUCACAAUGAAUCCAGUUUUCAAGAGGACUAUGACACGAUUAAUUUAUUAGAAAGUGUUGUAUCCGAAUCUUGGCAAAGUACAACGGCUGCAAUCAAACCUGUGUCUAAUGGAAAAACAUAUCAUUAUUUGCCAUUACGAGAGGAUAAACCUUGUUUACAUGUUAAAUCUACGUGGCCAGAUUAUCGAAGGCGAAUGUAUAACUCUAACAUUAUAAAUAAGAUAUCAGAUAAAUUGGAGGAAGGGUUAAAUGAAGUAGCAUUUUUAAUAGAUGAUGACGAUGCAGAUAAAGAGGACAAACUUAAGUCUGUUUUAGAUGAAUUAUCGUCUAGUUGUAAUCAUUACGUAAAUUUCACUAAAGGGGUAGGGUGGGGUGAAGGCUCAGGAAAAACUAAGCUAGACAAAGAAAGAAUGAAAAUGUGUUUACGAGAAAUCGAACAAGUAGGAAAAAUGUCCAGGAAUUUAAAAGCCAUAGUAACAAAAAGCUCAUUUAAAGAACGAUAUAAAACAGCGCAUGGAUAUUUACAGAAAAUUAAAAUACUUAUUGAAGAUCCACAACAUUCAUUGCCUGACAUUUUUUUGUGGAUGGUGAGUAACGGUAAAAGGGUAGCGUACCAAAGAAUAAUGGCUAGACACCUUAUUUAUUCGAUAGCUGAUGAUGAAUGUGGAAAGUUUUGUUCAAAAGUACACAGCAUGUUUUUAAAACUUCCCGGCAAAAAAAAUUAUGGUGCAUCUGGUUGGUCAGUACCGGCUAAACUUCAAGUGUAUACAUGGCUUGGACUAGUGAAGCAUAAAAAAUAUCUUUCAAACGGUUUGCCCAGCGGUUAUAGUACUACUCCUGAACUUUUAAGUUCGAACAAUCCUCGACUAUCGCCUCCAGCUUAUAUUCAUUAUCGAGAAAAAUAUAUGUUUCAAUUAAGAGCUUACAUAUAUCAAGCUCGUUCAUUAAUAGGUUCUGACGCAUCUGGUUUAUCUGAUCCAUACGCACAAAUAAUAUUCGGAGAACAUUCAGCUAAAACUCAAGUUAUUGACGAAACGCUAUCUCCCACUUGGGAUGAACUAUUAAUAAUAGACGAAUUAACAUUGUAUGGAACAAAAGAAGACAUUAAAAAACAUCCACCAACUGUUGUAAUAGAAAUAUUUGAUCAAGAUAAAGUGGGCAAGUCUGAGUUUAUCGGUAGAACUUCAGCUCGACCACAUGUUAAGCUUCUAGAAGACGAUUAUGUAAGACCCGAUUUUCCUCCAUCUUUGGAAUGGUACGAUGUUCACAGAGGUUUAGAACAUGCUGGCGAGUUAUUAGCCACCUUCGAAUUGUUACAGCUACCUAACGCUCUUAUAGGAGAAAGCGCAAUAUUACCUCCGUUGCCUGAUCCAAAAGACGUUCAUUCUAUUAUAGAUAGUCAAAACUAUGGACCUAUUCUUCCUAUUCCACAUGACAUUAGACCAACACUAGCAAAAUACAGGAUUGAAGUAUUAUUUUGGGGAUUGCGAGAUUUAAAACGUAUACACUUGAUGACAGUUGACAAGCCACGAGUAGACAUUGAAUGUGCUGGCCACAUCCUCUACUCAUCAAUUAUUCAAAAUGCCAAAAAAAAUCCCAACUUCAAUACACCAGUAAAAUUUUUAGAAUUAGAAUUGCCAGAACAAGAAUUGUAUCGUCCACCACUUACAAUUAGGGCAGUUGAUUGUCGAAGUUUUGGUCGAUUUACUUUAGUUGGAACACAUCUUAUCAAUUCAAUACAUAAGUAUAUGUAUGUACCAACAACUAAAAGAGAGCGAGAGGCUCUCGAAAGAAAAAAAUCACUUAAGCAGUUACAAGAUAUCAAUGUGAAAAGAAAUAGUUCGAACUUUUGUAAGCCUUAUAAAAAUAACAUUUAUUCAAAUAAACACUGUACACUACAAAAUGAUCACGAUUUUGAUAAACAAGAAAACAUCAUAUAUAUUAACUAUGGUUCUAGUCAUCUCACCCAAAAAGACAUUAAGACACAAUACAAUAAAAAUCGAAAACAAAGUUUUGAAGAAGUUAUUGAUGUACGAAAUGAUGAUAGUAGAGAUUGGUGGACUAAAUAUUUUGCUUCUGUCGAAAAUGCUAUUAUAAAAGACAAUAAAAAAUUAUUGUAUGGAAAUAGUGACAUGUUGUUGUCUGUUCAAGUAGAUAAAGACAAAAAUGAGGUUAAAUCAUCAAAAAAAGGUACUAAAGCAUCUCGAUUAGUAGCUAAACUUAGUCCAAAAAAAUUCCAAAGGAAACAAGAUAUUGCGAAAAUUGCAACUAUGAAGAUAUAUCCCAAUGAAUUGGAGGCACAGCCAGAAUUCAAUGGUUUUCGUGAAUGGUUAUUACCUUUCGAUUUAUACCGAGGUAAAAAAACGGGUGACGACAUUGAAGAUGAUGCUAGAAUAGUUGGAACUUUUAAAGGGUCAAUAAAAGUUUAUAAAUGGCCAUUACCUAAAGACAUCGAAGAUCAUACAAUCAUGGGAUUUGAUCCGCAAUAUGGAUUUUUUCAAGGUUUACCUUCUAAUGAUCCAAUUCAUGUUUUAGUCAGAGUAUAUAUCGUUAAAGCCAGUGACCUUCAUCCUAUGGAUAUAAAUGGCAAGGCUGACCCAUAUGUAGUUUUACAACUAGGCUCGAAAAAAAUAAGCGAUAAAGAUAAUUACAUAUCUAAACAGCUAAAUCCUGUUUUUGGAAAAUGUUUCGAAAUUGAAGCCACGUUUCCACAGGAUUCCAUGUUAACUGUUCAAAUUCUAGACUGGGACUUAUUGGGGUCUGACGAUUUAAUUGGAGAGACUAGAAUUGAUUUAGAAAAUAGGUUUUAUAGCAGACAUAGAGCUACUUGCGGUUUACCUAAAACCUAUGAAUUACUUGGAUAUAACCGUUGGAGGGAUUCUAUGAAACCUACUCAAAUACUAGCAAAAUUAUGUAAAGAAGCUAAGUUAGAUACGCCUAAUUAUAUGAACGGUACGAUUAAAAUUGGCUCUAAAAUAUUUUGUCUUCAAAAUAACUCUGAAGAUACAAUUGAUUGGUACUGCGCAAAAGGUGUUGAAGAACAUUUGGCUUUGGCUGUAUUGCAUAAUUGGCAUGAAAUACCUAAAAGAGGUUGUCACCUAGUUCCUGAACAUAUUGAGACGAGGCCACUUUUUAUACCUGAUAAAGCUGGAAUUGAAAGGGGAAAGUUAGAAAUGUGGGUAGAUAUGUUCCCAAUGGAUAUGCCUCUUCCCGGUCCAGCCUUGGAUAUAUCACCCAGAAAACCCAAAUUUUACCAACUACGCGUCAUUAUUUGGAAUACAGACGACGUAGUUCUUGAAGAUGAUGCUUUUUUUACUGGUGAAAAAAUGAGUGAUAUUUAUGUCAAAGGUUGGUUAAAAGGACCAGAAGACUGUCAGAGCACAGAUAUACAUUAUAGAUCGUUAACAGGGGAGGGAAAUUUCAACUGGAGAUUUUUAUUCCCAUUCGACUACUUAGUAGCCGAAGAAAAAAUAGUAAGUUCAAAAAAGGAAUCGCUGUUCUCUUGGGAUGAGACUGAAAGUAAGAUACCAGCGAGACUUGAGCUUCAAGUAUGGGACGCCGAUCAUUUUUCAGCAGACGACUUUCUAGGAGCUUUAACAUUAGAUUUAAACAACUUUCCUAGAGGAGCUAAAUCAUCAAAGCUGUGUACACUAGAUAUGCUAAAAUCUGAUGGAUCUGUUCCGAUGGUAAACAUAUUUAAACAAAAACGUGUGAAGGGAUGGUGGCCAUUUUAUGUAAAAAAAGAAAAUGAAGAAAUGGAAUUAACGGGUAAAGUGGAAGCUGAGAUACAUUUACUCACAGCAGAAGAAGCAGAAAAAAUUCCGGCUGGGAUAGGUCGUAAUGAACCUGACCCACUUGAUAAACCUAAUCGCCCUGAUGCUUCAUUUAUGUGGUUCUUAAAUCCAUUCAAAUCAAUUCGAUACAUAAUUUGGCACAAUUAUAAAUGGAAAAUACUUAAGGGAUUUGUUGUACUAGCCAUUUUCCUCAUGCUGAUUUUAUUUUUUUAUGCUAUUCCCGGUUAUUCUGUUAAGAAAAUGUUAGGAGCUUAAUCUGAUUAAAAUGUGUUUUUUUUUUUAAUUGUGCAAAAUAUAAGAAAUUAUAAUUUUUAUUUCUAACAUGAAAAUCCAGAAAAAAAAAACAUUUUAGAAAAAAAUUGUAAUAUAUAUUAUUAAGUUUUUUGUUAUAUUUAUUUUAUAUUUUUUUUUAGUUUUUUAUUAAUAUUUAAAAUACAUUUUUAAUUUUAAACAUUGUUAUGUAUCACACAAUCAUUAAUAACUGAUUGAAAAUUUAUAAUUAUAUGAUCAUUUCAAUUCAAUUAUAUCUAAUUAAUUAAUUUUACGCUAC